UGUAUUUUUUUCUCCAGAAUGGUGUCAUUGCUGAUAUGAAGCAGCUUCUGAAGGAUUCCGCCCAGCGCGAACAAUUGAUGAUCACAGAGAUGGGAGAACUGAAAGAGAAGAUUAAUAUCUUAGAGCGAUUCCCGGUGGAAGGUAGCAGGAUGGAAGGUGACGUGUUUCAGCAACUCCAACAGACAAGAUUAACCAAUCACAGACUGGAGAAUGAGAAAGCUGAGCUUCUUAAUGAACUAAAACUAUUUCGCCUGAAGGGGGUGUCCCAGGGUGAAUCAACGACUAUGCAGGAUGAUGAGUUAGUGGAGCGGCUUCAUAACUAUAACUCAGUGAUGGAGGAUAAUGUUAGGAUCCGCAUGGAGCUACAGACUAUGGAGCUAGAUAAGGAGAGGCUCCGCAAGGAGAAUGAUAAGCUUCGGAAAGAGUUGGAGCAGUUCGACCCGUCUUUCUUUGAGGAAAUCGAGGAUCUGAAAUUUAACUACCGAGAGGUGGUACAGAGGAAUGUGCAAUAUGAAGAAGAACUGAGAAAUUUAGGUCAACAGUUUGGUAUUCAAGUCAAUAUACCCCCUUGAACUCUUUAUUAUUAUUAGUAUUUGUUUUACGUCACUUGUUCCUGGGAGGCGAAAAGCAAACUUAAUCAGCAUGACCCGCAGGUCUCUUCUCCCAAUAUAACUGAUUGAGGGAUGCAGGUGGACCACUGCACUGGGGUUUCCCCUUUUCGAAAGUGCAGUGGAUUCUUAACGUGCAAAGGUGGUGACUCUCCUCUACACGAGACCUACAUUUAACGUCAUAUACGAGGGACGGUUUUCAACUGUAAAUAGCCUGCAUCUCCGGAAAAGGGGAGGGACGGGUUUACACACAUUGUAGGCUUCAAUUAUCCGCCCGGGCUGGACUAAGACCCACGACCCUUGGUUCGACAGGCAGGCGCUUUACCGACUGAGGUAACUCGCUCCCUCACUCCCCUCAUUAGUAAUCAAUCAAUCAUGUGGUAAAAUGCUGAUUCGUCUUGUGCCAACUCAUCCACUCAUCACAUGGUCUACCUUUGUUUAGUCUAAUGCCAUUCUGUCCAUUAAUAUUUGUCUAACAGCCAUUUGGUUCAAGAACCAUUUGGUCUAAUCAUCACUUUGUCUCAUCACCAGUUCGUCUAUGGCCAUUUCAUCUUCUAACCAGUUGGUCUAAUACCCAUUUUCUUUUCAUUCAGUUUGCCCAAAUUAACUUUUAAUCCAGUUAGACAAAAUGGUAUAUGGACUAAACAGCUAUUGGACCAACUGGGUAUAAGACGAAAUGGCGAGUGGACAAAAUGGCAAUUAGACCAUGUGGUGAGUGGACGAACUGAUGGUAGACCAAAUGAUAGUAGACGAGUUGGGAAUAGGAUGAAUUGGCAUUAGACCAAUCGGAAAUAAACCCAAUCAAGUCGGGUAGUAUUCCUUAUAUCAAUAAACAAGUUCUCUCCAUGAUGGUUGAUCAGUGACAGUUACUAUAGCAACAAUCACACCAACUUUUCAGCCAACAAAAUCCAAGCAUUUUACUGUAAUUGUCAGAAACAGAUGAUUUGUCAGUAAUGACAACAUUCAUAAAUUUGCCCUUUUGUGUGUUUUAGUGCUCCUUUGAUCUUUUGGACAAUAAAUAAAUUGAUUCAUUGAUGAGAUAAUGAAAUAAUGCCAGAAUUGCCAAUGUUAAAUCAUAUGAUGCAUUUUAAUGGUUUGGUUAAAAAAUGUGGAAACAAAUAAAAAAAAACAUGAAAGCCAUCCAAUCAAUUGGUGAUACGAUAUCCCGAUUCUUUUCCCAUGAAGCAGUUUCACAAGAUAUGAAUGAAAGCAAUAUUAUCAUGCUUUCAAGACUGUGUUUCCUGUGUGAAUUUUCCCCUUUUUUUCAGGAUGUUUUUUGGUAAGUCCUAGGGCAGUUUCACAGAGAGUAAAGACCGUAUCACAUUGUUUCGUGCAAGUCUUGUGGGUGAUUGCCCGCAAGUCACCCACACCUAAGUUUUGAGCACGAUCAAGAUUUUUCGGUGUGUAAAUCAGGCUUGCGUACGCUUCUGCGGGCAACUGUGUGGGAUACGUGCGAGACACUGUCAAUGCGGGCAACUUGCGGGUAACAAAAAUAGUUUCCCGCAACUCACAAGCAAGGCUUGCACAGAACGAUGUGACAGGGCCUUUAAGUGUGACUUAGAGUCGCACUUAAAUUCUAAGUUGCCUACAGUAUUAAAGGCAUUGCUGCAUUGGUUACAUCAAGAGGAUGCGCGCUAAUACGAAUCAAUCAAUAGGAUUGCAUGUUGCUUAUCACUUGGGCGUCGCCAUUCAAGCAUAACUUUAGGUCUCACUUAACUCUUUUGUGAAACACCCCCUGGAUUACUUUACAUUAAUAUUCGUCAAUCAUUUUAUUUUGAUAUGGUCAAAUGUGUGACAAGUAUCAAAUUUUAGGAUUCACUUGGCAUAAUAUUGGUAACAAUAUGUUAUUGGUUACAUAACAGGAAAUAUCUGUUUGUGUGUCAACUUGUCAAGCAUCUUAUCAUUUUCAAUGCAGAGCUGCCAAUCAGGAUUUCACCCUAUUUAGUAGGAUUGUUCCCCUAGAAAUUAGAUUUUUGAAAAUGUUAAGAAUGAAGACUUUUUGGUUAUUUUUUCAAAAUUUUUAAAGAGCAAUAUGCUUAUAGGCUUGAAAAUAGGAUUAAAAAAGAUAGAGAAUAGGAUUUUUUCACAGUUAAGAUCGACAGCUCUGGCAUUGUCUUCACUGCACAUUGUUUUGUUUAGAGAUUCAAACUUGAUUUAUAUCAUGUUGAUACAAAAUGCCUUUCAAAUAUCACCUUGAGCUGUUUGUAUUUCCAAUGUACUUGUAAAUAGUAUGUGAAUUUAUGUUAUAUGAUAAAGGUAUAUCUUAUCGUUUAAUAUUGUUGUAUUGUACAUAACUGUAUAUGUUUCUAUCAUAAAUACAGGAAAAAAUUAAUUUAUGAUAUUAAAUAUUAUCUCAGAUUUA